AUGAUUGCUUACUUGCAAGCACGAGUUAGCCGAACGCAGGGGCGAGGCCGCCACGCGUCACGAGCCGGUGGAAUAAGCGUGCUCCUUGAGAAGCAGACGAGUCGUAAAAAGAACAAACAAGUGGGAGACGUCAUCGACCUCGGCGCCCCGCGCCGCCUUCACACCGCACACUCGCUACGACCACCUUUUUUUUUAACACCGAAUCCUCGGCUGUACCCGAGCACAAAAAAAGAUUCCAAGAGUCGACAGAUCGAGGAACGUUCGCGACGCCGCAAUCGCAAGCUGGUGCCCAACCCGCGCCUGUACCGACCGCCCCCCGCCCGACCUCCGCCGGCGCCCCCGAGGCCCCGCGCCGCCUGGCCAGCGCCCCCCCCUCGCACCCUGGACACGGCCUCGCGGGCCGCGCUGCGCGUGUUGCGCGCGCGUCGCUUGCGCCACGAGCGAGCGGCCGGUGACGCGAGCCAGAGCCGGCGGCGAGUGCCGGGAGCGAGGCCCCCGCUGGGCUCGGCCUCCUCCGCGCGGACGACGCUCUGCGACCGGACCGCGAGGCGGGCCGACGCCAGCGUCAUGGCCGCCAGUAAAUACUCCACGAGCCCGGACUGCUCGGACGGGAACGAGGCAUCGUCCGCGCCCAGCGAGUUCUUAGCCGAGUUUCUCUCGGCGAUCAUGCGGCGACAGUACGCGGAGGCGCUGAAGUACUGCCAGCUGAUCCUGCAGUACGAGCCGCAGAACAGCACCGCACGCGGGUUCUACCCGCUGCUGCAGCACAAGCUGCACGCGCUGCACUCGCGCGCCGCAGACGAGACGAGCUCGAGCGACGACACCGGCUCGCGGUGCGGCGGAUCCCUCGGCGCGCGAUACAAACAGAGAAGCAAGACGGACGCGGAGGAAGAGGCGGAGGCGGAGGCGGAAGCGGAGGCGGAAGAGAUGGAGCAGGGCUCGGGCUCGGCGUGCUCGUCGCUGGAGCUGGACUCGUCCGCGUCGGGCGCCGCACGCUCGUCCGACAGCAGCGAGCCGUCCGACAGCGCGUCGUGGCGCUGGGAGAGCGGCGGCGAGCGCUCGGAGCGCGACGACAACGGCAACCCGCCGCCCACGCACAGCGGCGGCGCGGCCGCCGACGACGAGAACGACAACGCGCAGGCGCUCGCCACGGCGCGCCGCGCUCUCACGUAGUGCGCUGCCGGCCGAGCGUAGUGCGCUGCCGGCCGAGCGUAGUGCGCUGCCGGCCGAGCGUAGUGCGCUGCCGGCCGAGCGUAGUGCGCUGCCGGCCGAGCGUAGUGCGCUGCCGGCCGAGC